AUGUAUGUAGCGUGGCAAAGGAGAAAUGAAAGACGUGUUAGGAAUAGAAUAACUAGGAAUACCGAAUUGCGUACAUCUUUUAUAGAUAGUUUGUUGGACAAUGAUGUCACUUGUAUUAGUCAAUUGAGGAUGGAUAGGAGAACAUUUGUUAUUUUAUGUCGGUUAUUACGCCAGGAUGGAUAUGUGAAAAGAGAUGGUACUGUUACAUUGGAAGAGCAAGUGUGCAUAUUUUUGCACAUAAUUGCUCAUCAUACAAAAAACCGUACAAUUAUCAGUCGAUUCUAUAGAUCAGGGGAGACAAUUAGUAGAUAUUUCAAUUCAGUAUUGAAUGGGGUGUUGCGCUUACAUUCCAUUUUGUUGAGGCAUCCUGAACCUGUGUCGGAUAAUUGCUCGGAUGAUAGAUGGAAAAUGUUUAAGAAUUGUUUGGGAGCAUUAGAUGGAACUUAUAUUAAGGUGAAAGUACCUGAAAUCGAUAAGCCAAGAUAUCGAACAAGAAAGGGUGAGAUCGCAACAAAUGUCUUAGGUGUAUGUAACCCGAAUAUGGAAUUUAUAUUUGUAUUACCGGGUUGGGAAGGCUCCGCUUCAGAUUCCAGAGUACUUAGAGAUGCAAUAAGUAGGCCAAAUGGACUAAAAGUACCAACCGGUUGUUAUUACUUAGUGGAUGCUGGUUACACAAAUGGUGAAGGAUUUCUUGCACCAUAUAGGAGAACAAGAUAUCACCUUUCCGAAUGGAGAGAUGGUUGUGCACCCAUAAAUCAUCAAGAGUAUUUCAACAUGAAGCAUGCAUCAGCUAGGAAUAUCAUAGAAAGAUGCUUUGGGGUUCUUAAAAUGCGAUGGGCAAUUUUAAGAAGUCCAUCUUUCUACCCAAUUGCAACACAAAUCAAAACCAUUACUGCAUAUUGUCUGAUACAUAAUCUGAUUAGAAGAGAAAUGACACUCGAUCCUGGAGAAGUCGAAUAUGAUAGGAUGGAAAAUGUGGACAUUAAUGAAGAGGAGGACAUUAUAGGAUCAAUUGCUUCCUCAGAUCAAUGGAUGAAUUGGAGAGAUGAGUUAGCUAAGCAAAUGUUUGCAAUGAAAGCUGGAGGUAGCAGUAACAAUAAUAGGUGGGGUGAAUCUAGGCGUACAUGGAGUAGAGGUGAGGAAGAAGCUUUGCUGGUUCUUUUAGAUGAAGUAGUAGCUAGUGGGCAACGUUGUGACAUGGGAGCAUUUAAACCUGGUACACUUAAUAUGAUUGAGCGGCAACUGGCUGAAAUGUGUCCUAACUCGGGAUUGCGAGCAACUCCACAUAUUGAAUCGAAGCUAAAAAAGUGGAAGAAGCAAUAUGGCAUCAUAUACGACAUGCUGAACAAAAGUGGAUUUGGAUGGAAUGACACUCUUAAAUGUGUGGAGAUUGACAGUGACGAUGCUUGGAAAGCAUAUGUGCAGAGUAAUCCAAGUGCAAAAAGUUGGAGAGAUAAACCUUUUUCCGAUAUAUGAGAGGCUUGCUAAUAUUUUUGGGAAGGAUCGGGCAACAGGACAUGGAGCACAAACUCCAAUUGAUUUAGUUAAUGAUAUAAAUAUGGAGCCUGACAAUGACCAAUUUGAUGAUGUGGGUUCUCCAAUGUCUAUGAAUCAAACACAUUGUC